GAACCUGGUGUGAGGCUCCAGGCUCCUCCCCACCGCUAAGCGACGCGCUGCGUUCCGGCUGCGCGCGGGGAGGUUCCGCCGGGGGCACGCGCUCGCUCUCGAGCCAAAGACGACGCUUAGACGGUGAGCUCGGCGGACGGAGACGCGAACGCACGCGUAGCGCGAUCCUUCACAGCCCGCACGACAAAUCAGAUAUUUUAUACGCCGGCCAUGCUGUGGUUCAUGACCCCCCUUGCCCUUGUGCUCCUGCUGCUGGGAGUCCUGCGUGCUCCACCUGGAGGGUCCGCCGCCUUGCCCGGCAUCUCCUGCUACAGCGACCACGGGGACCCCACCGACUGGUUCCACCUGUACAAACUGCCCCGCCUCGCUCACCAGCUCCGCGGCGAUGGGCUCCAGUACCUGCUGAUGGGCCCCGGGAGCGAGGGGUGGGCGCCGGGGGCCGUGGAGGUCAACGACAGCGCGGGAGCUCUGGGCCGGACUGUGGGGCAGCUGUACCAGCAGCGGGAGGCUGAUGAGAUUGCAUAUAUCCUUUACAAUGACCAGAAGCCUAAGGAGGAGGGUUCAGGUUUUGCUGUGCAGCAUGAAAAAGGUCACACCAAAGGUGUUGUUUUGUUGGAUAAGACUCAGGGUUUCUGGUUGGUCCACAGUACACCUCAUUUUCCACCUCCUAAGGACGAAGGCGAAUUUGCGUAUCCCAGCACCGGGGAGAAAAAUGGACAAAACUUUCUCUGUGUCACUUACCCGCUGGAGAGAUUCCAAACCAUUGGUGAGCAGCUGAGCAUCAAUGAGCCGCUCAUCUACGACUGCAGCGUGCCAGAUUCUAUGGCCUCUUCCCUGCCUUCACUUGCUGCUCUCUGUGGGAAGAGCUGGAGCGAGGGGUCAAAUGCGAGCCUGCCUCUCUCCGACCCCCUCUCUCUGGUUCCAUCCAAUCGCAGCGUGGAGCUCGCCUCCUUGGCGGGUACCGCCUUCGUCAGCUUUGCGAAGGGCUCGUCUUUCGAGAACGACCUCUACCACUCCUGGGUGGCCCCAGCUCUGCAGUCCGAUCUGUUGGUUCAGUUCUGGCACGAGUCCGCUGGAGUCCUGCCCUCAGACUGCUCCCAGAACUGGGAGGUCCUCAACGUGAAGACCAUCUCCCUCGGAUCAGCUGACGAAUUCAGCACCACCAAAGACCACUCGAAGUGGGCUGUUGGCACAGAGGAUGCAAGUGGGAGCUGGAUAUGUGUGGGCGACAUUAACCGGAAUGAGGCGGAGGAGAAGCGGGGGGGUGGCACUGUGUGUCACAGUAACAGCGCUGUGUGGAAGGCCUACAGGACCGCAGUGGUGGAAUACUACCCCUGUGAGGGGUGACGAGGCGGGAGGGAAAUCCAAGGAACUUCAUGUAAAGCAUUUGCACGGUGAGAGGAGCCAAGUCAAAAUAAUGUUUGGUAAUUAAAUAGAUUUCCUUACUAACUUUAUUCCCACCCUUUUCAUAUACUAAUAACAGCUCUUUUGUAAGAGGGAAAACAGCAGCACACUAAUUCUGCAUAAAUAUCCACACACGUGUUAUCCUUCUAAUGAUAUACUAACUUUUCAGAUGUCAUUAUCAAAGAUGACCAUCACACGUGUUCAUAGUUUGUAAGAUAUAUUCGGGGUUAAAAUUAGUUUUUCAUGACUGUGCACUCUGUGAGUGGUGUACAGAUGUUUCCAGCGUUGUCUAAUACAACCCAAGGAUAAACACAAAUUUAAAUUGAAAGGUUGCAGUACUUUGUUUCAGAUGCUAAUGUGUGCAUUGUGUACAGAUAUCUGGGUUUAGCUAAAUGGUACUGGGGUAAAAAAUACUGUGCUCAUUAUGGAUAUGGCAAAAUGGAGGUGAGGUGCUAACUGUCAUUUAAAACCUUAUAAAUUGUUUUGUGUACUGUAUUGUUCAUUUUCAAGGUGCUGAAAUUUAAAAAUAUUUAACCAUGGCUUUUCACAUUGUGGUCUCCACUGUUCUCAUUUUAUUACAUUGACAACAAAUGUAUGGAAAGGUUAUGGAAACUUCAGUAAAUGAGAUGUAAAUAGUAUCGGAUGAGGUUUUUCAUUAAAACAACAGUACGUUUUAAUGAGGUAAGAGAUUAACUUUGUCCACUGAGCUGUAUAACGCUGUUAACGCCGAGCAACGGUUGAAUGAGCUUCCACGCAAUGUCAGGUGUGCUGGCGGUCUACUGGAUUUUUUUUUACCGGCUUUUAAAUAUUCAUCUGUUCACAUGGCAUCUUGGAACUGUUCUGUUGCUUUUUUUUUUUUUCCCCCCCCCAUUUCUUUUUUAGUAUCUCACCGUGUUCAUAACCCUUACUUCUGUGUCCCGACUUCACUAUUUUAAAAUGUUGUUCUUGUCCUGUUUAACUUUCUUUUAUUAAAUUAUUGUUCUAGUCCAGUUCUGAUUGGGUAGGAAUUGCUACAAGAAAAUACACGUUUCAUCCUGGAUUAUCAUCAUCUCAUUGUUAUCUUAUUAAACCUUGCAGAAACUAACCCAACUCUGCAGUUUGUCUUGGGGGACAAAG